UGAGAGAGGCCAAGAAAAAAAAGGUGUCUGCCUUUGUCGUUCAAAAUGACUGAAGAUUUCACCGAGGACCUGUGUGUGUGGUAUACCAAAGCAAUACUUGAAUCGGGUAAACAUUGCCGGGACGAAUAAGGACACUUGUCGUCUUUGCGUUGCUUCCGCAUGACAGUUUAAUAGUUGCUGGCGAUGUUUUCGAGCCCCACCAGCACGUCCACUCCAUUCUCUGUCAAGGAUAUAUUAAACCUGGAGCACAGCCAUGAACUCAUGUCUUCUUUGGAGCUUUCUUCUCGCAUGGAUUGCUGCAGCGCGCCCACCACCACCUCUACCCCAACCUCCUCAUGCUGUUUGCUGGGCCGUCUCAAGCACGAGCCUCUGCGGGACAUGUCCACGGGGGUCCCGCUGUUUGACGAGGAUCUCCACCAUCAGGAGCCCAAAUUCACUACGGCCGUUUACGGGAAACCACUGACGCAGAUGGACGGAGUGAAGGAGGGAGCGUCAGGCUUGUUCGGUGACAAACAUGCAAAAGAAGAGUUGAGUCCUCCCGCCGAAGCCGCAGAGGGCACGAAACCCGACGAUCCGAACCGACCGAAGGGCCGCAGACGCCGUAAGCCGCGGAUCCUCUUCUCCCAGGCGCAGGUGUACGAGCUGGAGCGCCGCUUCAAGCAGCAGAGGUACCUGUCCGCCCCGGAGAGAGACCACCUGGCGGGGGUCCUCAAGCUCACCCCGACGCAGGUGAAGAUCUGGUUCCAGAACCGAAGGUACAAGUGCAAGCGGCAGAGGCAGGAUCAGAGCCUGGAAAUGGUGUCCCUCCCGCCGCCCCCCAGGAGGGUGUCGGUCCCGGUGCUCGUGCGGGACGGCAAACCUUGCGUAGCGGCCGAGGCGAGUCCGUGCAACCCGCCCUACUGCGUGGCUCACGUCAACCACUUCGCCUACAACAACUACCCGCAGUUUAGCGGCUACGCCAACGGCGUCUGCGGCACAAACUAUGCGUGCAGUUAUCCGGCAGCCGCCAUGCAAACGGGAUCGUCCAGUAACGGGAAUUACGUGAACUUCGGCGUGCACGGGGAGCUCAACAACGUGCAACCCACCUUCCCCACGUCCAACAGCGGAACCUCGCUACACGGCAUUAGGACUUGGUAGUCGGCUUAUACCUACCGAAGGCAUGCAGUAGUAUUAUUAGUCGUGGGUCGAAACGUUUUCUUUCAUUUGUUUGGAUAUUUAACGAUGCCUGUUUGUGACACAAGAUAUUGUCAUGGGUUGUUGUGGCAUGAGAGCAAACCCUAAUGAUAAAUUAAUAAAACGAAAUACACACAUGUGAUGUGUGUCUUUUUGACACGUUUUUAGAUCGUGCAGUGUAAAAAUAUUCAAAGGAAGAAAUAGGUGAACGGGCAAGCAACGUACUGCUUAUUAUUGCGUAGAGGUGUUGAACUGCACUUUAUCAUACAAACAGCAAUUGACUCUCACAUGAAGUAAAAUGAGGCAACUGAAAUAUUAGAAACACCUCCCAGCUGGUUUUAAUGUCGUAUGUUGGUCUCAAUGCUAUGAUGGGCGUAAUAUCCCAUUCAAGGUAUU